UAAAGAACGCAAUCUUGUAUUCACCAAGCCAGAUCAAGCGACGCUGACUACGUACAUGUAGAUGUGUGCAAACCAUGCGGGCCUUCGAACAGACCAUCGCCAAACAAAUUGACUACAAACAGAAUCCAAAGAACAGCCCAAAUUAUUUCCUCCCCAGAUUUAAUACCAUAUCGCUCGCAAGAGGAGAUGAAGUCCCAUUGUUUAUUGCCCCAUCAAACAACUACCCAGUAAACAGGUACUAUCUGCAUCUUGUACCGCCAAAGACGUCCAGUAGACCAUCUUUCUAGCUCUCCUCCUCAAAGUCAGUUUUCUCAGACGAGAAAGAGCGCUCGCUCCGCG